GCCACAGUUGUAUCCUCUCCCCUUGGUCAAGAUCCUCAUCCCACAUCUUCUGUUCGCAAGGCGAUGGUUGAUGAGGUGGAGGGGUUCAUUCAAUUUCGCAGCCCAAUUUUUGCCGUUGGAGCAUCAAAUAGUAUUAUGGUGAAGGUGACAACCUCUCUCAAUUGUUUGUGCACUAAACCUAUAUACGACGUUGUUAUUAGUAAUGAAUUUCAAGACACCGAAGCUUAUUGUGAGCAAAGAGAGGCUUUUAUCGCCUUGCUUGACGGGUGGAUGCAUCAGCGUGUUCGUUUUGUUGGUCUCGAGCGAGCCACAUUAUUUAGCGGCCAGCUGAACGAGGUCGAAGUGUGGUGCUAUGUGCCAGGAAGGAGUAGCGUGGAGAUCGUUCCGAUUAGUUCAGGAUUUGUCUCUUCUAAACCUCAUACCUGUCCCAACUGGCCGCCGCAUCUACUGCCGUGCGUGGACUUGAAUGUUACAAGCUCCUAUCUACAUUUUUGCGCAGUCGAGUGUCAUGGUUGUGGAGAUGGCGUUGCACGAGACGCCAUUCUUGACACUCACUCUUUCUCUACUCCACUGUUACCGAAGUCUCGGAUCCGUGUCUUCGGUUUGUGGGUUGUUCAAGGUCGGUACCUGCAGCCCGGCGUCUUUACUUCUUGGCAGAGUGCAGAUGGUUCUCCUACCACCUUCUUCACUCUCCCUCUUCAUCCUAAUGCUGCUUCGCCUUCAAAAAGUGCUUUGCGACUGGCAUUGAUGGAGAUUUUUACCCCGCCUUUGGGUGCAACUGGAAGCGAGGGCCAAGAGAAGGCUUCUCUCUGGACUGAGUCGGCUUUAAAUGCCAUUUUCGGUAAUACGAGGAGAAGCGAGUCCCCAUCUGCCAUUCAUUUAGCUGACAAAUUCAUCCGCCUGCACGAACACAUGCCUUCACCAUGCAUAAGCCAUCUUUUUUUGACCUCGGACGACCUUGACGACGUCAGCUCCGCGUUUCAAUCAACUGAAGAACCUAUUGAUCUGAGUGGUAGAACGCUUCAAAUUUUUGAACCACGCGCCACGUCGCAGGAGGUCAUUUUGAUUGCCCGACUAGGGAUGGAUGCAUGCACUGGAGCACUGAAAAUCGGUCCGAUCUUUGGUUCAAAACAAUCGGCAAAAAUUCCUCUGCUGCUACUUUCCCCUUCCACGACUGACUUGGGGGUAGGAAGUCCAUUUGGCGAGGUGGUACUGAUCAGACGUCCUCGUCUAGUCGUUUCGGUUGUGAGCGAAGAGGCCCUGACCGUUCGUGCCUUUGGACAAUGGUAA